AUGGGAAAAAAAUCUUUCAGUGGUGCAGAAAACAUAAAGAAAAUAGCAGUGUGGGUUAAAUUCUAUGGAAUUCCAUUGGAAUUUUGGAGUUUGAAGGGAUUUAGCCAUAUUGCUAGCGUUCUAGGUCGUCCCCUUUAUGUGGAUUUAGCCACGGAAGAAAGGAGUAGACUGGAGUAUGCAAGUAUUUGUGUGGAGAUUAGCGUCAACCAUGAUUUCCCGGAUACAAUAGAGCUUGUACUACCAAAUAAAGAAAAUGUUGCAAUCCGGUUGGAGUAUGCGUGGAAACCUUUAAAAUGCAACUUGUGUAAGAUGUUUGGUCAUAGAAAUGAAAAGUGUAAAAGGACAGUGGAAAAAAGAGAGACUGAUAAAGGGAAAUUUAGCUUGUAUAAAGGAAAGAAGGAGACUAGUAAAGAGAUAACUACAGGUGCAAAAGUAGGGAUGGCAAAUUAUGAAAUCACCAAGCUAUAG